UCUCGCCGGUGGGAUCAAACGUGUUUCUCGCGUCGUGCCUCGGAUAUCUACCCCAACAGUACAGUGCAGUGUGUUCUUGUAGUGACUUGUCCCAGUGUUCUUUGUACGGAGUCCCUCUCACUCACUCUUUAAUGGGCGUUAUCUCGUCCGAUGUCGAGAAGAUCUAGUAGGCGCACCCGUGAAGCGAAAUCAGCAAUAAUGGUAGUGAAGAAGAAAGGAACCAUGGGCACCAUGGCAACGGCAGACAAACAAACCCGCGGUGGAUCCAGCUCGGCGAAGCCUACUACUAGAUCCCAACCCGCCAUGGACCGCCACUCCGACUCGUCCCAGGAACCGAUGGACAUCAGCUCGUCGAUCAAUCGCAGCGGCACCAGUACCGACGCGAACAACUCCACCCUCAACAGCUUGCUGCUGCUGAACAAAUCCCGCCAGACGGCGGCCGAGUCGUCCGACAAUGUCGACUCGGACUCGGAAGAGCAGCAGGCCGGAGGUCGUCACCUGCGGCACCAGCGGGCGCAGAACCUCCACGCUCUGAUGGACAACAUGCUGCGCCGCAAGUUCCACAGCAUGAACAACAACAAUUACAGCGGCACGGAAAAGCGAUCACCGCCGACGCUACUCCAGCAGCACCUGUCGGCGGGUAGCGAAACCAACAACAACAACCAGACGUCAGAAGCGAACUCGGAAUAUGUCUGUCCAAUCUGCAGCACCGUGUCCGCGACCAAGCACGACUUUACCGAGCACAUCCGGUCGCACAACAACAGCGGCAAGGCGGCAGCGGAAGCCGGCACCACCGAGUUUGUGUGCAAGAUCUGCUCGAAGGUGCUGUCGUCGGCUUCGUCGCUGGAUCGGCACGUGCUGGUGCACACCGGGGAGCGCCCGUUCAACUGUAAGUACUGCCAGCUGACGUUCACGACGAACGGGAACAUGCACCGGCACAUGCGAACCCACAAGCAGUCCGAGCGGGAGAGUUACGAGAGUGACGCGUCGACGGACAGUGGAGGUGGGAGCAGCUCGGGGAUGUCGAACAAUAACAACGGGAGUUAUGGGAAUAACUACGAUGGGGAGGGGAAGCGGAAGAACAGUGACGAGAACGUGCACUACAAGCGGAAGAUCCGGACGAUCAACAACAAUCACUUGUUGGAUGGGAGUGUGACGGAGGGUGUGCAGAAGUUCUGCUGUCCGGUUUGCAUCCGGAACGACUUUUCGAGCAUGGUUAGUUUGGAGAACCACAUGGAUCGGGAGCAUCCGCAGAUUCCGGCCAAGUGCCGGCACUGCGAUGUGGUGUUCAAGAGUUACAAGGCGUUGAAUGCGCAUCGGUGCGGAAACAACAACUACCAGAACAUAACGCCGGGGUUUAAGGACCUGACGUUUGUGGACUUUUCCAGUGAAAAGUUCCCGCUGAUUGCGAAGAGCGUGUGCGAGCAGAGCAUCCGGACGCCGGUGACGAGUCAGAAGUUCGAGUGCUCCAAGUGCUACCGGGCGUUCCCGUGCUCGAAAACGCUCGACAUGCACACCAAGGACUGCGGAGUGUCCGAGUACGGAAGCAGCCCGACCGAGAAGCGCAAGUGGAAGACCAGUGAAGCUUCGUCGGAGGACGACCUCAAGCGGGACGACUUCUUCGCCAACCUGGACCUCCAGAACAAGUCCAUGUCGACGAACAUGAGCUCGAACGUGUCGGAAGCGCCAACCACGCCCUCCUCGCUGGACAAGUCGUUCUCCUCGCCGAUCAUCAAACAGGAACCGAACUACUACCACCACAGCGGUUCUACCUAUCCACAACAGCAAGACACCAAAGAUCUCGCGGACAUCCAGUCGAUCAUCAACGUUACCUCGUCCGGUGGCUUCUUCCGGCAGCAGCUGGACAAGGACCCGUACCCCAAACAGGAGGAGGAGGAAGCGCAGGACGCGUUCACGUCCGAGUUCCGCAAGAUGAAGCUCCGGGGCGAGUUCCCGUGCCGCCUUUGUACCGCUGUAUUCCCGAACCUGCGUGCCCUCAAGGGUCACAACCGCAUUCACGUGUCCGCCUCCGGACCCGGUCCGUACCGCUGUAACAUGUGCCCGUACCUCAUCAACGACAAGGCUACCCUGAUCCGGCACAUGCGAUCCCACAACGGCGAUCGGCCGUACGAGUGCGCCCUCUGCAACUACGCCUUCACCACGAAGGCUAACUGCGAGCGGCACCUGCGGAACCGUCACGGACGGACCACUCGUGAUGAGGUCAAACGCGCCAUCAUCUACCACCCCUCGGAGGACUCGUCCUGCGAGGAUCCUCUCAAAAAGCUGCAAAUGUUCAACACUCCCCCAACCGACUUUGAUCGCGAUCUGGAUGAUCACCCCUCGGACCGAAGCACUCCCGUUUCGCACCUCAAGGAGAUGCUCAUGCCCGUUCCGAUGAGUCUGGUGACCAAGAUUGACAAUACGCCGGUUCCCACCACCCCAGCCAAGAUCCAGGUCAAGAGUCUGGAGAAGCUCAACCAGUUGACACCUCCGCAGGAGCAGGACUACGACAAGGAGCCGGAAACCGGAAACCCCCAUCGCCAAACCUAUGGAUCUCAGCAUGGAGCGCUGGACCUGAGCAAGAAGGCGGAACCUCCGAUGAUCACCCGUCGACUGGAGCACGACGCCGAUUCGGACCAUCCCCGAUCGGAAGACGACGAUCACGACGCGGAAGACGAGGACGAGGACGAAGCGCAGCUUCGCCAACCAGCCAAGAUCCCGAAGCUGGAUCUGUCCCUGCUCGAGAAGAACCAGCAGCAGCUGCUGAUGCAGCAAAAGUUCUUCAGCGAAGCCCUGUCCAAGAUGGACCCCGCGCACUACUUCCAGCUGAGCCAGCUGUACAGCCGCUUCCAGCUGCCAACGUUCCCGCUGCAUCCGCUGUUCCUGCAGAACCCGCUGCUGCGUGCCCCCGGCGCACUCGGUGACUAAAACUUCUUCCCCAAAGAGUUCCCCAUGUUGCCACAAAUGUCCGGCGGCAGCCUCAUCGGCAACCCGUUCCACUCGCCCUCGGAAUCGCCCAAGAGCGUCGUUCCGGAACCGCAGUCCUCCGCACCCGCUCCUCCCUCCGCCAGUCCGGUUCCUCCGCCGAAACACACCUACCAUGCUCAACCCGCGCCACAGAGUUUGCCAAAGGUGCCGCAGGCACCGCCGUCGCAGCACCACCAUCUCCACCACCAGAUGCCUCAGGUUCCGCAACAAAUCCCGCAACCCCCUCCGCCACCACCCUCGCAAAUGCCCCCCAUCCCACUGGGAAACGGCCCCGUCAAGAUGGUCAUCAAGAACGGCGUCCUGAUGCCGAAGCAGAAGCAGCGUCGCUACCGCACCGAACGCCCCUUCGCCUGUGAGCACUGCUCGGCCCGCUUCACGCUCCGCUCGAACAUGGAGCGCCACAUCAAGCAGCAGCAUCCGCAGUUUUGGUCGCAGCGUCAGCGCGGCGGUCACCACAUGAUGCGGGAGGGCGAAGCAGCGCAGCGGCUUCAGCUCCGCAGUUCCUCCGCACCACCAAAUGGCAGCCGCUUCGGCGGCAUCUCAGAACAGGUCAAGUACGCCAUCUUGGCGCAGCAAUCGAGCAAGGGAGGUCAGGUUGGCGGGGGCGGCAGCAGCAUGCUGCAGAACAUCAUUGCUCAAGGACAGAACCCGUUCGGGCUGCAUCCGGCGCAGAUGAUGGCGGCGCAGCCGCGUGCUGACAACCACCAUCACGUCAACAACGGGCACGGAGCGGACGACGAGGAGGAGGAGGACGAGCGCGAGCUCGUCAUCGAUGAGGAGUUCCACGCGGAAGAUUUGACCAAGGGCAACGAGAGCGAGGACGAGGAGGAGCCGGAGGAAGAGGUUGUGGAGCCGAAGCGGGAGAGUCCCGUCUUCCAGCACCACAUCCUGAAGCAGAAGCUGGAGGAGACGAAGGAGCAGCGACAGCAGGCGGCCAAGGCCGUUGCCGACGGGAUUCUCGAACAGGCCAUGCGUCAGCGGAAGGAGCAGGAAGCUGCUGCAGCAGCUGCUGCCGCAGCUCCAACCCCCGCCAAAGCCGACAACAAGGAGGAAGCGGACCUGGUGCCGGUGGCCAAGCUCGUCGACAACGCCACCAACGUCGCGUUCGAGAACUACUUCAGCAGACCUGAGGUUCCGCUGUCGCAGGACCAGAGCGACGAGGAGGGUCUGGUCGCGUCGGGGUCCGCCUCGAGAGCAACAACCGGCACGGACGACCCGCACCCGCUGUCGGCGCGCGAGCAGAACAAGAAAAAGUCCGCGUACAGCCUGGCGCCGAACCGGGUCAGCUGCCCGUACUGCCAGCGGAUGUUCCCGUGGUCCAGCUCGCUGCGGCGCCACAUCCUGACCCACACCGGCCAGAAGCCGUUCAAGUGCUCGCAGUGCACACUGCUCUUCACCACCAAAUCCAACUGUGACCGGCACCUGCUGCGCAAGCACGGCGACGUCGAAACGGCCAUGUCCAUCCCGGUGCCGAUUGACGAUCUGCUCGAUCAGCCGGAACCGGUUCCGGUAGCUGUCGCCGAAGCCGCCAUUGCCAACAAAUCCAAAGCCACACCGCCGUCGUCGCGUCCGGUCAGUCCCAAGCCUGCUCAAAAAGAUGACGAAGAAGAAGAGGACGAGGAGGAGGAGGACGAGGAUGAAGACGAUCAGGAAGAGGAGGUUGAGGAGCCGCCGACCGUGAAAGCGCUGCAAGCGCCGGAGGGAGAGGAACCUGAACCCAUUCCAUCGCCGGAGCCAAAAAUCAAGCUGGAGGAGCCGGAGGUUGCGACCGCCGACGAGAACAGCUGCUCGAUCCCGCCGAUUGCGUCGGAUCUUCCCUUCAAGUGCCACCUGUGCGAGAGUUCGUUCGCUGACCGGGUUAGCUGUCUGGACCACAUCAAGGGGGCGCACGUGGCGGAGUUUGCCCUGCUCAUGAACAAGGUCACGCUGGAGGCGGAGCGAAGCGCCGUCCGGCUCGCCGGACGACGACGAAAGUGGCGAGGGCGGCACUCGGGGCAAGUUCCCGACUAUGCCAAUCGGAAGGUAAUUUGCGCCUUCUGUCUGCGUCGCUUCUGGUCGACGGAGGAUCUGAGGCGGCACAUGCGCACCCACUCGGGCGAGCGGCCCUUCCAGUGCGAGGUGUGCCGGCGCCGGUUCACGCUCAAGCACAGCAUGUUGCGCCACCAGCGCAAGCACAAGUGUUCGACGGGUGGCGCGCAGCGGCGAACCGGUUCCGAGGACGGCAGCGACGACGAGUCGGAAGCGCCGCCGGUUGCCGUGACGCGAUCAUCGAAAAUGUCCCGGCUGGGGCCCAACUCGGCGGACCUGAUUGGGAACCUGCUCGGCAUCAGCGACCAGGGCAUCCUGAACCGGGUGCUGCUCGGGUCGGCCUCCGAAGCGGCCAAACUGCUCGGCGUGGAGAACAACGUGUGCUCACCACCAGAGGUCUCCCGCGUUCCCGAGCGUCGACCAAGUCGACGAACGCCGCGUUGUUUACGGCUGUCAAGCUUUCUGGUGAUUACUGCGCAAGGUCACUCGCCCGGCCGGGACAGCCCGAUCAGCUUGUCCGGAUCGGCUGGUUCCGGUUCGCGGCACUCGACUGCCAGCUUGGACUCGGGCCGGGCUUCGUCGUACCUGACGGGUGCGUCCACCUCUUCGAAUCGAAGCGGUAACGGAGGCUACGGAACGCUUUCGUCGCCGCGAUGUUCGGUCAGCUCGUGCUCGAUCGGAUCGGGGAACCACCGGUUGAGCAACCACUCGAACCGAACCGAUCACGACAUCAUCUCCGAGUGGCUGAUGGAGAUUCACUUCCACGAGUACACGUAUCUGUUCCUGGAAGCGGGGUACGAUCUGUCGACGAUCGCGCGAAUGACUCCGGAGGAUUUGACAGCGAUCGGCAUCAAGCAGCCGACGCACCGAGAAAGACUGAAGCGGCACAUUGACACGCUGAAGCUGCCGGAUGCGUUGCCGAACUACGUGCCGGGUUCGAUCGACGAGUGGUUGCGUCUGCUACGGCUUGAGGAGUACGUCCAGCCACUGCUAGCGCAGGGGUACGUAACGGUGAACGACGUUACACAGCUUACGUGGGAAGAUCUGGAAGACAUCGGCAUCGUGAAGCUGGGUCACCAGAAGAAGAUCCUCCUGGCGAUCAAACGCGUCAAAGACAUCAUCAGCGGAAAGCUGGGCGGAGGAGGCCAAUACGCUACGGUCCCGUUGCCACAGGCUACAACAGCUGCCUUGCACUGUCAACCGACUGGCGUUCCGCUCCGCGGUCAGUUUGACGAAUCGCUCGAAGGUCACAAACAGCUGACCUACUCGACGUUCAUGCGACAACCCACGGAUCCCGGCGCGUACUACUGCCAACAACCGCCGGCCAUUUCAUACCCGCACGUUCACUUUGACGGCACGCAGGCCAUCUACCGCCGCAGUUCGUACGACGACAGUGACAUAACCCCGACGAACGAACUCGGCGACGCACAUCACCUGGCGCAGAUGCACCAGCAACAUCCGGCCCAGCACCAGCAGCCCUACUACCAGGGCGGCGGAACCCUGCCCGGCAGCAUCAACGCAACAGCUACGGCGUCCGGCCACAUCGAGAACGUCGAAAUGGCCACGGCAGCGCUGGACGCUAUGCACUUCUCCAACUACGCUUCCUUCCCGCACCAUCCGCUUAAAUACAAUCCCGCGACGAGCCAACCUCCAACCUCCCAACAGCCCCAGCCAAUCUACCACAAUCAGAUUAUCCUCCAGCAGCAAGCCGCUGCGCAGCAACAGCAAGCCGCUGCGGCCGCCGCAGCCGCCCUCUACUCCAACUACGCCGGCCAAACGCACCAGACGACGGUCGAGAUUCACAAGACCCAGCACGACAACAAGAGCAACUCCAGCCUCGAGUCGAUCGACCAGAUCCCGUUCGCCAACGAGAACGCCGGCACGAUCAAGCAGCGCUCGAUGAACCGCAUGGUCGAUCACCCCGCGCUGCACGAGCGGCCCCCAACCGCCGCCACCAUGCUCUCCCACUCGUCGUCCUCGACGUCCUCCUCCUCGUCGACGGGUUCCAUCACGACCACCCUGGCCGGCUGCAUCCAGCAGCUGUCGCCGCCUCAGGAAUCCGCCGGCGGCGUUGCGCCCAAUCAAAAUUGCUCAAACAGUGCCAGCGGGCCGGGCUCGUGCAGCACGUCGCCGACGCAGGCCGCGGCCGCUGCGGUCGUCGGAACGAACGUCCUCAACGACAUCGGCAACAUGCUGGCGAACCUGACGGACGAGCUGGACGCGAUGCUCGAGGAGGAGAACCGGGCCGGUAUCAGCGAUAUAGAUGUUCUUUGUACGGAGUCCCUCUCACUCACUCUUUAAUGGGCGUUAUCUCGUCCGAUGUCGAGAAGAUCUAGUAGGCGCACCCGUGAAGCGAAAUCAGCAAUAAUGGUAGUGAAGAAGAAAGGAACCAUGGGCACCAUGGCAACGGCAGACAAACAAACCCGCGGUGGAUCCAGCUCGGCGAAGCCUACUACUAGAUCCCAACCCGCCAUGGACCGCCACUCCGACUCGUCCCAGGAACCGAUGGACAUCAGCUCGUCGAUCAAUCGCAGCGGCACCAGUACCGACGCGAACAACUCCACCCUCAACAGCUUGCUGCUGCUGAACAAAUCCCGCCAGACGGCGGCCGAGUCGUCCGACAAUGUCGACUCGGACUCGGAAGAGCAGCAGGCCGGAGGUCGUCACCUGCGGCACCAGCGGGCGCAGAACCUCCACGCUCUGAUGGACAACAUGCUGCGCCGCAAGUUCCACAGCAUGAACAACAACAAUUACAGCGGCACGGAAAAGCGAUCACCGCCGACGCUACUCCAGCAGCACCUGUCGGCGGGUAGCGAAACCAACAACAACAACCAGACGUCAGAAGCGAACUCGGAAUAUGUCUGUCCAAUCUGCAGCACCGUGUCCGCGACCAAGCACGACUUUACCGAGCACAUCCGGUCGCACAACAACAGCGGCAAGGCGGCAGCGGAAGCCGGCACCACCGAGUUUGUGUGCAAGAUCUGCUCGAAGGUGCUGUCGUCGGCUUCGUCGCUGGAUCGGCACGUGCUGGUGCACACCGGGGAGCGCCCGUUCAACUGUAAGUACUGCCAGCUGACGUUCACGACGAACGGGAACAUGCACCGGCACAUGCGAACCCACAAGCAGUCCGAGCGGGAGAGUUACGAGAGUGACGCGUCGACGGACAGUGGAGGUGGGAGCAGCUCGGGGAUGUCGAACAAUAACAACAACGGGAGUUAUGGGAAUAACUACGAUGGGGAGGGGAAGCGGAAGAACAGUGACGAGAACGUGCACUACAAGCGGAAGAUCCGGACGAUCAACAACAAUCACUUGUUGGAUGGGAGUGUGACGGAGGGUGUGCAGAAGUUCUGCUGUCCGGUUUGCAUCCGGAACGACUUUUCGAGCAUGGUUAGUUUGGAGAACCACAUGGAUCGGGAGCAUCCGCAGAUUCCGGCCAAGUGCCGGCACUGCGAUGUGGUGUUCAAGAGUUACAAGGCGUUGAAUGCGCAUCGGUGCGGAAACAACAACUACCAGAACAUAACGCCGGGGUUUAAGGACCUGACGUUUGUGGACUUUUCCAGUGAAAAGUUCCCGCUGAUUGCGAAGAGCGUGUGCGAGCAGAGCAUCCGGACGCCGGUGACGAGUCAGAAGUUCGAGUGCUCCAAGUGCUACCGGGCGUUCCCGUGCUCGAAAACGCUCGACAUGCACACCAAGGACUGCGGAGUGUCCGAGUACGGAAGCAGCCCGACCGAGAAGCGCAAGUGGAAGACCAGUGAAGCUUCGUCGGAGGACGACCUCAAGCGGGACGACUUCUUCGCCAACCUGGACCUCCAGAACAAGUCCAUGUCGACGAACAUGAGCUCGAACGUGUCGGAAGCGCCAACCACGCCCUCCUCGCUGGACAAGUCGUUCUCCUCGCCGAUCAUCAAACAGGAACCGAACUACUACCACCACAGCGGUUCUACCUAUCCACAACAGCAAGACACCAAAGAUCUCGCGGACAUCCAGUCGAUCAUCAACGUUACCUCGUCCGGUGGCUUCUUCCGGCAGCAGCUGGACAAGGACCCGUACCCCAAACAGGAGGAGGAGGAAGCGCAGGACGCGUUCACGUCCGAGUUCCGCAAGAUGAAGCUCCGGGGCGAGUUCCCGUGCCGCCUUUGUACCGCUGUAUUCCCGAACCUGCGUGCCCUCAAGGGUCACAACCGCAUUCACGUGUCCGCCUCCGGACCCGGUCCGUACCGCUGUAACAUGUGCCCGUACCUCAUCAACGACAAGGCUACCCUGAUCCGGCACAUGCGAUCCCACAACGGCGAUCGGCCGUACGAGUGCGCCCUCUGCAACUACGCCUUCACCACGAAGGCUAACUGCGAGCGGCACCUGCGGAACCGUCACGGACGGACCACUCGUGAUGAGGUCAAACGCGCCAUCAUCUACCACCCCUCGGAGGACUCGUCCUGCGAGGAUCCUCUCAAAAAGCUGCAAAUGUUCAACACUCCCCCAACCGACUUUGAUCGCGAUCUGGAUGAUCACCCCUCGGACCGAAGCACUCCCGUUUCGCACCUCAAGGAGAUGCUCAUGCCCGUUCCGAUGAGUCUGGUGACCAAGAUUGACAAUACGCCGGUUCCCCCCACCACCCCAGCCAAGAUCCAGGUCAAGAGUCUGGAGAAGCUCAACCAGUUGACACCUCCGCAGGAGCAGGACUACGACAAGGAGCCGGAAACUCCGGAAACCCCCAUCGCCAAACCUAUGGAUCUCAGCAUGGACGCGCUGGACCUGAGCAAGAAGGCGGAACCUCCGAUGAUCACCCGUCGACUGGAGCACGACGCCGAUUCGGACCAUCCCCGAUCGGAAGACGACGAUCACGACGCGGAAGACGAGGACGAGGACGAAGCGCAGCUUCGCCAACCAGCCAAGAUCCCGAAGCUGGAUCUGUCCCUGCUCGAGAAGAACCAGCAGCAGCUGCUGAUGCAGCAAAAGUUCUUCAGCGAAGCCCUGUCCAAGAUGGACCCCGCGCACUACUUCCAGCUGAGCCAGCUGUACAGCCGCUUCCAGCUGCCAACGUUCCCGCUGCAUCCGCUGUUCCUGCAGAACCCGCUCUGCGCCCCCGGCGCACUCGGUGACUUGAAACUUCUUCCCAAAGAGUUCCCCAUGUUGCCACAAAUGUCCGGCGGCAGCCUCAUCGGCAACCCGUUCCACUCGCCCUCGGAAUCGCCCAAGAGCGUCGUUCCGGAACCGCAGUCCUCCGCACCCGCUCCUCCCUCCGCCAGUCCGGUUCCUCCGCCGAAACACACCUACCAUGCUCAACCCGCGCCACAGAGUUUGCCAAAGGUGCCGCAGGCACCGCCGUCGCAGCACCACCAUCUCCACCACCAGAUGCCUCAGGUUCCGCAACAAAUCCCGCAACCCCCUCCGCCACCACCCUCGCAAAUGCCCCCCAUCCCACUGGGAAACGGCCCCGUCAAGAUGGUCAUCAAGAACGGCGUCCUGAUGCCGAAGCAGAAGCAGCGUCGCUACCGCACCGAACGCCCCUUCGCCUGUGAGCACUGCUCGGCCCGCUUCACGCUCCGCUCGAACAUGGAGCGCCACAUCAAGCAGCAGCAUCCGCAGUUUUGGUCGCAGCGUCAGCGCGGCGGUCACCACAUGAUGCGGGGAGGGCGAAGCAGCGCAGCGGCUUCAGCUUCCGCAGUUCCUCCGCACCACCAAAUGGCAGCCGCCUUCGGCGGCAUCUCAGAACAGGUCAAGUACGCCAUCUUGGCGCAGCAAUCGAGCAAGGGAGGUCAGGUUGGCGGGGGCGGCAGCAGCAUGCUGCAGAACAUCAUUGCUCAAGGACAGAACCCGUUCGGGCUGCAUCCGGCGCAGAUGAUGGCGGCGCAGCCGCGUGCUGACAACCACCAUCACGUCAACAACGGGCACGGAGCGGACGACGAGGAGGAGGAGGACGAGCGCGAGCUCGUCAUCGAUGAGGAGUUCCACGCGGAAGAUUUGACCAAGGGCAACGAGAGCGAGGACGAGGAGGAGCCGGAGGAAGAGGUUGUGGAGCCGAAGCGGGAGAGUCCCGUCUUCCAGCACCACAUCCUGAAGCAGAAGCUGGAGGAGACGAAGGAGCAGCGACAGCAGGCGGCCAAGGCCGUUGCCGACGGGAUUCUCGAACAGGCCAUGCGUCAGCGGAAGGAGCAGGAAGCUGCUGCAGCAGCUGCUGCCGCAGCUCCAACCCCCGCCAAAGCCGACAACAAGGAGGAAGCGGACCUGGUGCCGGUGGCCAAGCUCGUCGACAACGCCACCAACGUCGCGUUCGAGAACUACUUCAGCAGACCUGAGGUUCCGCUGUCGCAGGACCAGAGCGACGAGGAGGGUCUGGUCGCGUCGGGGUCCGCCUCGGAGAGCAACAACUCCGGCACGGACGACCCGCACCCGCUGUCGGCGCGCGAGCAGAACAAGAAAAAGUCCGCGUACAGCCUGGCGCCGAACCGGGUCAGCUGCCCGUACUGCCAGCGGAUGUUCCCGUGGUCCAGCUCGCUGCGGCGCCACAUCCUGACCCACACCGGCCAGAAGCCGUUCAAGUGCUCGCAGUGCACACUGCUCUUCACCACCAAAUCCAACUGUGACCGGCACCUGCUGCGCAAGCACGGCGACGUCGAAACGGCCAUGUCCAUCCCGGUGCCGAUUGACGAUCUGCUCGAUCAGCCGGAACCGGUUCCGGUAGCUGUCGCCGAAGCCGCCAUUGCCAACAAAUCCAAAGCCACACCGCCGUCGUCGCGUCCGGUCAGUCCCAAGCCUGCUCAAAAGAUGACGAAGAAGAAGAGGACGAGGAGGAGGAGGACGAGGAUGAAGACGAUCAGGAAGAGGAGGUUGAGGAGCCGCCGACCGUGAAAGCGCUGCAAGCGCCGGAGGGAGAGGAACCUGAACCCAUUCCAUCGCCGGAGCCAAAAAUCAAGCUGGAGGAGCCGGAGGUUGCGACCGCCGACGAGAACAGCUGCUCGAUCCCGCCGAUUG